UGUGGUCUGAUGAGAUAAGGACAAAUGAAGAAGCUGAGACUUGGAUUCUCUUCAUGUUUUGCAGCGGGUUGGCUGAAUAGCCAUGGUUACAUUACAGGCACACACCAGGGCAACAGAGGUGCUGCUGUGUCCUGAAGCUGUGAGUUACCUAGCAUCUACUGGAGUUGGGAGCAUUGAUGUUUGCACAGCACUUGGACAGUGAAGUCUUCCAGAGUGGUUUGGUGUGCACAUCAUGCACCUUCCGGUCCUUGUGGGGGUGUUAGCCAAUAUCCUGGGUCCCUUCACAGGAGGUGGCUGCUGAAGAAAGAAGCUGUGUCAUAGAACUGGCCAUGCCUUCUCUAGAAGAUGCUUACCCUUCUUUUAGAGGGUGAUCUGGGUGCUUCACCCCAUAUGUUGUUUAAUGUGCUGGGCUGGAUUAAAGGUUAGGUGCUGUCUGUGUCUGGGAGGAGAGCGGAGAAGGGGGAGCAGUAGGCACAAACCUCAUAUUUGACCCCUAUCUCGGAGACUUGCUCCAGUGCAAAAGCCAAGGCCCAGUGCUAGGCCAGUUUUCCUGGCAGCUCCUGUCUGUUUUCUAGAAUCUAUCUGAGGAUGCAGUUUGUUGUUUACCUGUUCAGAGGCUGUGAGUGUGCAAUCUAGACAUAGAUGAGCUUUUGCAGAGGGUUUUUAAAUACAGUAUCCUUUACAAAAAUAAAUGAUAAUAUAUAGAAUGUAGAAAAAAAUGUCCUGAUUACAGUAUCUCUUUCUGUAAUUGAACCUUUGCCUGGGACUCUUUCAGAUCUGCCUUUAUAAAAUAGGAUUGCUUCUGCUGCAGCUUCUGUCAGCUUGAUCUGAGAUUUGCCAUGAGAGUAAAAUAGAGCAGCUCUUAUCCCCUUUCUACUUUGCAGUCUCCUUUAUUGGAUGACCACCUCAACACCUGGAUGCAGUAACAUCCUCUGCCUGGUGAGGGCACUACUAGGAAGCCGCCUCCUCGCAAGACAGAUCUCGGUUGGCUCCAUCUGCUCAUGUCAUCAGCGUGACAGAACUGACUUUGCUGCUCCUCUGUUAGUAGGUUUUUGACAACAUUAGGAACAGCAUUUGAGAUGACAGCAGUGGAGAAGAUUGAGGAGCAGCUUGCUAGUCUAAGCAUAGCAAAACGUUCUAUGCUACUUGAGGAGCCUGCUUACUUGCUAGAUAUAGACGUUUCCAAACCAGCUCAAUCCGAAAGCAGUCGCUUUGUGGCAGUUUCAUGUUCCAAUAAGUCAAUUAGGGUCUAUAACAGGGAAACAUUAAGCUUCCUGCGGGAGUACAGUAACCAUCCUGGGAUACUUAAUGGAGUCCGAUUUGCACACACAUGUGACAGCACAGUGUUUUCAGCAUGCAGUGAUGGUACAGUGAAGUGUUGGGAUAUUCGUUUAUCAACUCAGAAAGCUGUGCAGGUAUUCCAUGGCUAUCCUUCCAAUGUUCUCAUCAGUUUUGAUGUCAACUGCAGUGAUACCAUACUUUGUGCUGGAACAGAAAAAGUCGAAAAGGACACAUUUCUGGUGUUUUGGGAUGCAAGAGGCGUUGCGAACUGCGCCAGCACAAGUAAAGAACCCUUGGGAGUCUACUCUGAAAGUCACAAUGAUGAUAUCACUAAAAUUUGCUUUCAUCCUAUCAAACCCAAUUUGGUAGUUUCUGGGUCAACCGAUGGGUUGGUUAAUGUGUUUGACAUUAACAAGGAUAAUGAAGAUGAUGCUUUGAUAUCAACUUGCAAUUCAGAUUCAUCAGUAAGUUUUAUUGGCUGGUCUGGGAAAGAUUAUAAACAGGUCUACUGCGUGACACAUGAUGAGGGAUUUUGUUGGUGGGACAUGGCUCAGCUAGAUACUGAAGACCCAAUAACACUAUUGCAUGUUGUGGAUGUCAGAGAGGCAGUCCAUCCUGAAAAUGACAGCUUACAUUACCUGUUAGGUGGUUUGUACCACGAAAAGGCAGACAAACUCUUCCUUAUUGGGGGAACAUCCAGAGGAAACAUUCACCUCAUGAGCUGCAGCACCGAUGGCCUGAGCCUGGUGGGUACCCUUUGCAGAGGACACUCUGCUCCUGUUCGCUCUUUCUGCUGGAACCUGACAGAUGAGUCUCUGCUGACGGGCGGAGAGGAUGCGCAGCUGCUGCUAUGGAAACCCGGCGCUGCUGAAAGGGCCCUCACAAAGAAGGCGUCUAUGAAGAUUGCAUCUUCCAUGCAGAAAAGAGUGAGAGUUCACAAGAGCUCCCUCAAAAGCAGGAAAAGGUAGCAUCCUGAAAGCGGGGAUCUCUGCUGUGUAGAGCUUUCCCGGUGUUUAAUCUCUCAGGCAAUUCUCGGCUGUGCUUUAUUUGGAGGUGUUCUGUGGAAGGAACUGUGGUGCUUGAGUUCUACCCGGGAAUGAUGUAUUUCAGUCAUUAGAAAUGACUUAUGCCUUUUUAUGGGUUUUGUUUGUUUUGUGUAUUUGCAUUUUUUUAAAGUAGCGAAUAUUAAUCAGAAAGGAGUACAUGUUUGCCUGGAAUUCUUGAAAAAUAUUUCUUAUAUUAUAUAAAAAUGUUUCUGUGGUUGUUUCAUGUCUCAGCCAACAAUUUUAAUGUGUAGUACAGGCCUGUGGCUUGCAUAAUUUGUUACCUUCCCACUAAAAUUCCCUGGCAUGUUUUAAAUGCUUUUGUAUUUCAUGCAGUAUUUUGCUUUCUUUACAGAAACUUUAAUGAAAUUGCUCAAUAUAAUAAAAGAUUUUAUGUCACA